AUGUUAUUUGUAUCCUUUUAUUUAGAUAUUAGAAAAACCAACCUUAAAUGUUCUGAUAUUUUAAUAAUAAAAAUUAUGGGAAAAAUUAAACUCGCGCUGUAUGUUGGUGUUGGGAUAGCUACCUAUCAAAUAUUGAAAAAUUCUAUAUGCUACGUUAGAAAGGAUGAAAAUGUAGUGAUUUUUGAUAAAUUUGAAGGAGUUAGGAAUAUCGUAUAUGGAGAAGGGUUUCAUUUUAUAUAUCCAUGGAUUCAAAUUCCUGUAUAUUUUAAAGUAAGUCCAUCAGAAUUAUCAUUUGCUCACAAGUUUUCAACUAACUUGUGAGUGAGCAAAUAAAAAUUUAUUCGCUUAAAAGAUGAGCUAUCCUUUUUUUCCCAAUUUGAGUAAAAAUUAAUAUUGAUUUAAAAAUUUAAAGUUAUUAAAUAUCAUUAGAACUAGCUAAAGGCAUCAUAAUAUACUUAUAUAUCAAUAUUAAAAUAGCUUUUUGUCUCUGGUUUUUUUCCUAAAAAAAUAAAUCUUUUGCUUGCUAACAGAGGAGAGUAAGGAUUCACAGGGCGCGAAUAUUAAGCUCGAUAUAACCUAUAGACCAGUAAAAAAUGAUUUACCAAAAAUUUACCUUAGUUUUGGCCUUGAUUAUGGAAAAAGAAUUAUUCCAUCGCUAGGGCAUGAAGUAGUCAAAGAAGUUAUUAAGAAUUAUUCCUCUGCAGAAUUAGAUCAAGAUCAAAUUCUGAAUAAAAUAAAAGAAAACCUAAUUCCAAGAGCAUCAGAAUUUUUUAUCACUAUAGAUGAUAUAAAAAUUACUAUUGAGAAUUCAGCUUAA